CUCGUCAUAAGAUUUGCUAUUUACCUUGCCUAAGGAUUCUACUCAUAGUCUUAUCCUUCAUAAGAAUAUUACCAACUUGCAUCAUGGCGAAUCUGAUGCUAGUUUCCCUUGUUUCCGCUAUCAUUAUUAUACUUUUCAAGAUUUCUUCCAAAUUAUUUCCUAAACCCUCCUUCGGUCUCCCGCAUAACCCUGCAUCAGUGAAACGUUUUCUUGGUGACGCUGUAGAUAUUGCCGCUCACGCAUCGAAGACACAAGAGCAGAGCGAGGCUCUCUUCCUCGUCAACGAGAGGAUAAACUCGCCUAUUGCACAACUCCUUAUUCCUUCGUUUCGCAACAUCACAGUUCUUGUAGAUGACCCUCGCGAGGCUGAAGAUAUCCUCAAAAGAAGGCAUCAAGAGUUCGAUCGCUCUGCUACGACUGCCACAUUUUUCGAAUACCUGCUUCCUAAAUGUUCUAUUGCUCAAUCUACAACUCCAUUUCUAAAACUUCAGAAAAGGAUAUGGGCUGAUACCAUGAGCACUUCCUUCUUGAGACGAGUAGUCGCUUCCAAUGUACAUACCACAGUCCUACACUUGAUGGAAGUGUGGCGAUUGAAAAUUGAGCAAAAUGGAGAAGCACCUUUUGAAACCAAGAAAGACUUUAACGAUGCAGCCAUGGACAUGAUGUGGGCGGCUGUACUUGGUAGCGAUUUAGGAAUGCUGCGAGAUCAGCUAGCAGCCUUUGAGAAUCAUAGGUCGUUCGCAGUAGACGCCGCAGAAUGUACAGGAGGAAACAUUACGCCACGAGCAGCACAAUCAUCCCGCGAGAUGUUUCUCGACACUAUGCAAUUCAUCGAUGAAACUGUGGCUGCAUUCACUGGAUCAGGGAUGGCCUCACUACAGCUCAAGUACAUCAAAUUCGGCUCUCGAUACCGUCGCAUCAAAAAAUUCAUGAGGGACGAGCUGCAGCGACUUGUAUCAGCAUCUCGCGACCGGCAUAUGCAGAUUUCGAAGAGUUGUUCCGACAAUUACGACGAAUAUGAAACCUGUGCAAUGGAUCUUGUUCUGAGACGAGAGCUCAUGAUCACCGCGAAGCAAGAUUCUCAGGAUGUCUAUACUACUGAAGGGAGUACGGCCUUGCUCGAAGAACUAAUGCUUUUCUUAAUGGCGGGCAUUGACUCCACGGGUAAUACACUUGCGUGGUGUGUUAAAUUCUUAAGUCUCUAUCAGUCAGCUCAAAAUGAAUUGAGAAAGGCGCUGCAGUCGUCAUUCUCAAAACCUCGAUCAAAGAUUUCUGCUACCGAUAUCAUUGAUACGGAUAUUCCGUAUCUGGAUGCAUUUCUGCAGGAGACACUCCGUUUUGCCGUAACUGCUGGUGCGAUCGUUCGGCGUACGACAGUCGAUACUCAAAUACUUGGGUAUCAUGUUCCAGCCGGAACAGAUGUUAUCAUGAAUACAAGAGUACUGAAAACCCCGAGGAACAUCCCCGAAGACCUUCGUAGUCCUACCAGCAGGGCUGCUUAUGAAAAGAAUUCACGAAGCAGCAGCAUUAAUGGCCACGCAGAAAAGUCUCUGGAAAUUUUUGAGCCCAGCCGCUGGCUAAGUCGUGCGACCACAGGACAAGAAACUUUCAAUCCUCAUGCACUACCAACCCUGGUCUUUGGUGGAGGGUUUCGGGGCUGCUUUGGCAAAAGACUCGCGAUGUAUGAGCUUCGCAUUUUCGUAGCACUUCUGGUACUGAAUUUCGAAUUCCUCCCCCUAGAUGACGAGUUUCGCAACUUAUGUGGACAAGAAGCCGUCUUUCGACAUCCGAAGCAAGCCUUUGUGAAACUUAGGUCACUUUGAGAGUAUCUUUCAUGCGAAAUAGGUAGCAUCCCAGAGCCCGUAGCACACAGCAGAAACAAUUUUAAAUAACAUGUAUUGCAAGAUCGUCUCAAAGCAUGAUGAACAGGAAACAAAUCAACAUCUUAU